CUGACAGUUCACUGAGAGCCCACCUCGCGCCCACCCUCUUGCUUGUUGCAGCUGCGGCUCCUGUUCUUGGCCCCCGGCGUCCGGGUGUGUACUGGUCAGCUGGGCUCUCUCCCUGGCACGGCAGCUGGCCUGUGUAAGGGUCUGGUGCAGCCUGUGACAUGUGCCGACGUAGUCUGAGUGCCGCCGUAGUCUGAGUGCCGCUGUAGCGCGCUUGUAGCCCCCGGGGCGGCGGGCUAGCUAGUUUAGUGGGGCCACCCUCACACUCCCCGGUGUGUGUGUAUAAUGAGUGCCUCGCGCGAUAACGCUACGCUCAUCACUGAUAACAAACACGCACUGGAGGCCAGCUGGCUGGACCAUUAGUGUCCGGAGGUCCAGGUGCCGGCCUCAGGAGAGAUCUCACCAUCCGGCCUCGGGAGUGCCAUCACCAUCCGGCCUUGGGAGUGCCGAAACCAACCGGUUUCAGCCUCCGCGGGAAGCAGUGCGUGGGUGAUUGUGGAGCUGCUCUCCCCCCCACAACACACCAGGAAUGAUGAGUUAACGUGCACUUGGUGUUGUGGUGACCGACCACGCCCUGGAGUCCUCACUUGUUCAACAUGUGUCUGCGUGAUGGUGGGCGGUGGGCGGCGGAGCAGGCUGGUGGGCGGCGGUGAGGGCGGCGCGCGGCCAUGACCGGGGACGGCACGGGCGGGGGGGCGCUGGAGCCCGGCGCUGGGGGCGGCGGGGGCGCCACCAUGGGCGUCCGCUGGGCCCCCGUCCCCCCCGACAGUGAGGAGCUGAUGGACACCCUGGAGGAGGACAAGGAGGACGGGGGCGGCGGGCGCGGGUCGUCGGCGGGGCUCACACGCCUCCACAGCCGCUCCAUGACCUCCCUCCCCCCGGAGCCCUUCAUGAUCAUGCGCUCUAAGGCGCUCAACCGCCGCGUGCAGCUCAACGUGGGCGGCGUGCGGCACGAGGUGCUGUGGCGGACGCUGGAGCGCCUCCCGCACACCCGCCUGGGCCGCCUGCGGGAGUGCAACACCCACGAGGCCAUCAUGGAGAUCUGCGACGACUACUCCCUCAUCGACAACGAAUACUUCUUCGACAGACACCCGCGCUCCUUCUCCUCCAUCCUCAACUUCUACCGCACCGGCAAGCUCCACCUGGUGGAGGAGAUGUGCGUGCUGGCCUUCUCCGACGACCUCGAGUACUGGGGCAUCGACGAGCUGUACCUCGAGUCGUGCUGCCAGCACAAGUACCACCAGCGCAAGGAGCACGUGCACGAGGAGAUGCGCAAGGAGGCGGAGUCGCUGCGGCAGCGCGAGGAGGAGGACUUCGGGGAGGGCUGGUGCGCGCCCUACCAGAAGUUCCUCUGGGACCUGCUGGAGAAGCCUCAGACCUCCCUGGCCGCCCGGGUGCUGGCUGUGAUCUCCGUGAUCUUCAUCGUCAUGUCGACGCUCGCGCUCGUGCUCAACACCGUGCCCAGCUUUCAGGGUCCCGAGCAAGGAGACAAUGAGAAACUGGCCAUGGUGGAGGCGGUAUGCAUCACAUGGUUUACGCUCGAGUACCUCCUGCGGUUCGCUGCAAGCCCCAACAAGUGGAAAUUCUUUAAAGGCGCAAUGAACGUUAUAGACUUGCUUGCCAUUCUACCAUACUUUGUUUCCUUGUUCCUUAUUGAGUCAAACAAACACACAGACCAGUUCCAGGACGUGAGAAGGAUUGUUCAGAUCUUCAGAAUUAUGAGAAUUCUCAGAAUUUUAAAGCUUGCCCGACAUUCGACCGGGCUCCAAAGUUUGGGCUUUACACUGAAAAAUUCAUACAAAGAGUUAGGUUUGUUGAUGUUGUUUCUAGCCAUGGGCGUGUUAAUCUUUUCGAGUCUCUGCUAUUUUGCGGAAAAAGACGAAAAUCCUGUGUACAAAAGUAUUCCGGAGACUUUCUGGUGGGCGGGCAUCACCAUGACGACGGUGGGGUAUGGAGACAUGUACCCCAUCACUCCCUUGGGCAAAGUGAUCGGAUCUGUGUGUUGUAUCUGUGGUGUGCUGGUCAUUGCGCUGCCCAUCCCCAUCAUCGUCAACAACUUCGCCGAGUUCUACAAGAACCAGAUGCGACGCGAGAAGGCCCUCAAGCGACGCGAGGCCCUCGAGAGAGCCAAGCGAGAAGGCUCCAUCGUGUCCUUCCAUCACGUCAACCUACGCGACGCCUUCGCCAAGUCCAUGGACCUGAUUGACGUCAUCGUGGAUACAGGUCACAACAUGUCCCAGGCAGACGCCAACUCGGUGGCUGGGGAGUCGAUGCGCGCGGGCCAGACGGGCACCGGCUGCUACAAGAACCACGAGCACCACAUGGGGCGGCAGCAGAAGGAGGCGCAGCAGGGGGAGAGUGGGGAGGCGGGGGUGACCACCAACACCCCCGCUGCUCCCAACAUCCUCGACCUCCCGGCCACCGACGACCAGCGACCUCUUCCCUCGCCAGACUACCAGACUCCGGACGCGGCGGCGCCCCAGGACGCCACACAGACGGGCGGCACCGCUAAGACUGAGGGUCCCAGUAGCCGCUACCUGGCCACCGAGUCCCAGCCCAGCCUGUUCAACCAGGACUACAAGGAGUUCAUAGACGCGGAAUGCUUGGUGCCGGCACCGGUGACGGAGGCGCCAUUCCCGAUAGAGCUCCGGCCGCUCAAGACCCAGGACGGGUCCCGGAACAACGGGGCGGGGCACGAGUUGGCCUCCAUGGACUCCACCGACACCUUUGCCUCCUGCCCCACCCACCCCUUCAAUUCCCAGGCCGACCUCACCGAUGACCAGCCUAAUAAUAAAGAUUCCAACCUCUACGUUAACCCACUUGAUGCUGAUGGCUACCAGUCACCCACUGCAGCUGCCGCCGCUGUUGUCCCCGUGGUUACUGGGCCCCGCACGCCCACACCACGAACCUCACCACGCCACCGGCCACUCCCACGCCCUCAAGGCUACACCACAGACUCCUUUGAUGACACGCGGAGCACCGACAACCUCCUGGGAAGCAGCCGCUCCUCCCUGCAGGACUCUCCGCUGCCUAAACAUCGCCGCGCGCGCUUCCAGGAGGAGAAGCCGCGACCGUUCACCCGGCUGCUGGAGUCCGUGGAGCGAGCUCGGGCAGCGAGGGAAGGCUCAGCCGCUGACAAGCCCAACAAGAUCUCCAACAGAGGUCGCAGCGGUAGCAAAUCAUCGCUAGGUGGAGACUCGCUUGACUCAAAGCGAUCACAUGGCUCUCCAGAACGGCGGAAGUCAAUCUUGAAGCACCGAGACCCGGAGACGGAGCAGCUGCUGCCGGACCUCACAUAUAGCCCCCCACUGGGUGAGCACGAGAAGAUUGGGAGACCCACUCUCAAAGGCAUCGGGCCAAGGGCGGGCGGGAAGCCUCACGCCCUCCCCGUCAAGUUCGUGGGCGUGGACGAGGAGGAGGACAGUAACCGCCCACGCCGUAUCUUGCCCCGCUCUCCCAUGCCACGGAGACAUCCGCAGCGAGCGCCGCUUGCGGACUUGUUUGCAGAUUUUGCGGGCCAGGAAAAGGCUGCACGGGAUGAAGCAACCCCGGAAAAUAUCUUAAAAGAUUCACUUGAGCCCAGUUUUAUCUCAAUGGCAACCAGCCUUGACCAGCGUAACGCCAACACAGUGCUGCGCUGCUCCAAGGCUCCUUGCUUGUAUAACCAGCCUGCCUCCACCUCGCCCAUGGCCAUGUCCCCUGACGAGGUGGGCGAGCCGCUGCUCUGCCUAUGUGGUGCGCCCAUGACCCGGGUAGCCGCACAUGCGCCGACCAUCAUCACGCCCACCAGUGCCAACCCAGUCAUGGAGAAUUGCCUACUCACCGAUGACCUCAACAACGGCCCCACCACACUGCGAGAUAUCGACGACCUGCUGUUUGCUGACCACACGCCCACUGAGGAGACCCAUCUUCUUGACCACUCCCUCUCUCUCACGCACAACUCUGGCCUUAACAGCUAACCCGUUGUGAUGCGCUGACCGUCAUUCUUCACCUCUAGACGCCUCCAGAAGGGCUCCACAAACACCAGCUGAAGAUGCCAGACAUCACUCUAGAGCAUCCGGUGUAUCUCUGCCUGCCUCACUCUUCUCUUGUUCAUUUGAAGUCACAUGCUCACUCGGAGUCUGGUGUGAGAGCUUGAGAGUGUGGCAAACAGGUGGAGUGUAGGAAGCCUGGGGAGGCUAAAAGCUAGAGCGCCUCCAACGUCAGGAGGUUUAUCAAGCUAGAGAGCAACAGGAUAUGAAGUCAGGGUACAUGAUUAGCCAGUGUGGCAAAUCAUGGUGCAGUAAUCCAGAAUGCAUGAAGAGCCAGAAAGUUUGUAAGGAGUAUGGGAAGUAGUUGAAUUAUCAAAUAAAACAAGCAAGAGUGUGAGGUAAUUCCGAGGAAGUUAGAUUAGAGAGUAAUGAUCGCUUCUGCACAUGAAUU